CUCUCUGUACCCGCUCAGAGGCCCGGCCUGGAGGCUGCAACCGCUUGCCCCGUCCCGGAGCGCCGCCGCGGGGAAGCAGGGCCGCCGAGCAGGAGCUGGGGGCAGUGAGGCCCCGAAUGUAGGGGGCUCUCCCAUCUGCCGGAGUGCGGCCGGCGGCGGCUCCUGAUUGGCUGAGGGUAGGGAGCCACGUCAAGCUGCUCGGCGGUGACGUCACGCGGUACGGCGGUGAUGUCAUUGCAGGGGUUUAUCGAGACUGAGAGGGGAGAAAAGCCUUGAUGAAGAACCAAGGUGGGGAGAACAAAGCUGCUCUGCUGCCUGCCAGUCCUCCCAAAAUGAACAGCAAUCUGGUGCUAGAGGAAGGAGACGUAGCCGAGGCUGCAGCACCCCUUGAAUCUGGGGACUCCACAAGCCAGUCUGAGACAUGCAACUCUGAGCCUUCUGCUGCUGGCAAUGCUGAGAGCCUGACCAGUGAGGAGCAGGAUAAUAAUGAGGCUUCUCAUGUGGAGGAGGAGACAAAAUCCUCCCAGCCUGCCAUGUGUGAUGUCUCUGAAGAGCUGAGCAGGCAGCUGGAGGACAUCUUGAACACAUACUGUGUGGAUGCCAGCCAGGAAGGGCCAGGAGAUGAUGGUGGGCAGAGCGAGCCCACGGAGCCAGACGAAGCAGACAAGUGCCGGAGCGAAUCCCCCAGGAAUGGCGAGCAGGAGCCAGGCUGCCCUGAGAUGAAUGGAGAGAAGGAGGGCUCUAAGGGGACUGAAGAGUUCCGAGCCAAUGACGAGUGUGGGGACCGUGAUCAGAAACGGGCCCAGGAGAAGAAGAAAGCCAAGGGUCUCGGCAAGGAGAUCACUUUGCUGAUGCAGACACUGAACACGCUGAGCACCCCAGAGGAGAAGCUGGCAGCACUGUGCAAGAAAUAUGCUGAGCUGCUGGAAGAGCACAGGAACUCCCAGAAGCAGAUGAAGAUCCUUCAGAAGAAGCAGACGCAGCUGGUGCAGGAGAAGGACCAUCUGAGGAGUGAACAUAGCAAGGCCAUCCUGGCGCGCAGCAAGCUGGAGAGCUUGUGCCGCGAGCUCCAGAGACACAACCGCACCCUCAAGGAGGAAGGCGUCCAGCGUGCAAGGGAGGAGGAGGAGAAGCGGAAGGAAGUGACGUCCCAUUUCCAGGUGACGCUGAAUGACAUCCAGUUGCAGAUGGAGCAGCACAACGAGCGGAACUCCAAGCUGCGCCAGGAGAACAUGGAGCUGGCAGAGAGGCUGAAAAAACUCAUUGAGCAGUACGAGCUGCGGGAGGAGCAUAUCGAUAAGGUGUUCAAACACAAAGACUUGCAGCAGCAGCUGGUGGAUGCCAAGCUCCAGCAGGCCCAGGAGAUGCUGAAGGAGGCAGAGGAGAGACACCAGCGGGAGAAGGACUUUCUGCUGAAAGAGGCCGUGGAGUCUCAGAGAAUGUGUGAGCUGAUGAAGCAGCAGGAGACCCAUCUCAAGCAGCAGCUGGCCCUCUACACAGAGAAGUUUGAGGAGUUUCAGAACACGCUUUCCAAAAGCAGUGAGGUGUUCACUACAUUCAAACAGGAGAUGGAAAAGAUGACAAAAAAGAUCAAGAAGCUGGAGAAAGAGACCACUGUGUAUCGGUCUCGCUGGGAGAGCAGCAACAAGGCUCUGCUGGAGAUGGCCGAGGAGAAAACCCUUCGGGACAAGGAGCUGGAAGGGCUUCAGGUGAAAAUCCAGCGUUUGGAGAAGCUGUGCCGAGCCCUUCAGACCGAGCGCAAUGACCUGAACAAGAAGGUGCAGGACCUGUGUGCCCAUACACUCCAGGCCGAAGCAGACACGCUGGAACCCCUAAAUGACCCGCCUCGAGACAGCUCUGGUGAGCCAGCACUAGGGGGUGCAGUAGCACAGCAGUGCCCCAGGGAGGAUUGUCUUCGCUCAGCAAAGCCGAUGCACUGCACGGAACCUGCGGAGAACCCUGGAGAACUGAGCAUAGGAGCUUUGGGUUAGAUUGGGACUGAGGAAUGCUCUCGCUGUGCUGACUAAGCCCUUGGAUCAGCAGGUGGAGAUAGAGGAAGGGAUGGUAACAUAUGAAUGGUUCCACAGACUGAUCUAAUGUCCUUUCCUUAGUCCCAGGACUGGGGGCUUUGAGAUUUUCCAGUUUAGGCUUUUGGAGAUUUUUUUUUUUAAUAUAUACAUAUAUAUAUGAUAUAUAAAACGAUGUGCAGGGCAACAUACACUUUUAUAUAUGGAUAUAUAUAAACUAGAUUGACCCACUUCCCUGCGUGUGCGUGGAAAGCUAAUACACGGAUUUUCAACUGAUUGGCCCUUUUGCUAAAAGGCCUUGUUUAGUGGUGGGCUGUGAUGCCCUUUUAAAAGCUAGUGCAGCCCAGGGGGCCAGAUGGGCGAACUGUCUCCAGUCUCUCCUGCCAGCUCAUACCAUCCAAACAACUGGAAAUGUCACGCGUGCAGUCUGCUGCCAUUCUGCUUUCAACGUGACUUUAAAGCAGAAAGUGGAAAUGGGGAGAAUUUGAAGCAUGUCCCAGCCUUGGAUGCUCCUUUUUCUCCUUCCUGGUUUUAAACCAACCUGGCUGUAGGCAGGCUGCUGGGGUGUGCUGGCUUAUUUUUUCCUGGUUAGCACGUUCUCUUUCCCUUAGAAGAAAGAGGGGAGAGGCUGUUUUUCUUUGUCAUACAGUCCAUAUAUUGUAUGGGAGCAAAAGGAAAUGGAGAAACAGUGGGGGUUUUGGACACAUCGGAAAGCCCCCUAGUGACUGUCCCUCUGGGCCUUUGAUAUUUCCAGAACCUGCCAAUAUUAUAGCCUUAUAAUUCACAGUUGCCUCUAUGCUAUACGCACACAUGCACAAGUGUAUUAAAGAGUUAAUCCAAAGGUCUACUUCCUACUUGUUUUGCACAUGAAUACCGUGAGGGGGUGAAGAGGUCUUCCAAGUUAUUGUCUAGAUUCCUUUCCCUGUGGAAGGCCUCUGUGCUGCCCCACGGUAAGUGUUUACAAAGCAGUGGUUCCAUAAAGACAAAACCUCAGCUUUCUCCUUGGCUGAAUAGUUGGACCCAUGAGCAAUGUGCUCUGGGCUGAGCCCCGAGAAGGAAGCUGUGUCCACAUGGAUAUUCUACUGGCUGUGACGUGUUGCUGCUGCUCCAGUGCUCUAGCAGGCUCCUUUUGGCUUUGUCGUAAUAGCACCUCAUUCACAAGUACCCUUCCCCAGUAACAUACCCAUCUGACCAUCUUCCUGCCUGUCAGAGUGACAGCUGCUCUGCAGGGAAAGAUUGCUGAGAGAAAGGGAUGCAUGCAAUCUCUCCCUUCAGCAGAGUGUGAGAGAAGCGCACAAUUUGUCCAUCCUGUCAGUCCCAUGAGAUGGGGAAUUUGUUGCUUUAACAGGUCCCUAUGGGGGCAAAAUCGCACUGACUUCAGUUUGGGAGUCUUUCCUGAGCAAGGACUUCUGAGUUUUGCCCUCAGAUAACCAUUUCUCUAAACUCGUCCACUCACGUAAAUCUCCUCAUUUUGGGAGGCAGUCCUCCGGUAGUUUUGAAGCAGGCCUCACUAAAACUUUAGUUCACAAUAUACUUUAUUUUCAGUACCAUCCUCCUUUGCUUAAAACCAAACACAAUCAGCUCAAGUAAAUUUCAGUCACUCUCUGCUCUGUUGUCUUACUUGGACUGGAUCAGUUUGGUGGGGAACUUUAAUUUAUCUUCCCACUGUUUCUCUUCUGGCAACACUGCUUAGCAGCUUCUCUCUAGGCAGCUACACAGGGCCUUGUAAACCAUCCACAGUGCUGUUUUGGGGAUCAGCCAGCAAAGGUGCUGCUGUACACUUGUCCUGUCUCCACUUGAGUUCAAACAGUAUUGAACCAGUAUGACUUUUCCGGUUAAUGCAAUAAGUCUCUAGUGGAGACAGGACCUAACAAGCUGGAAUCUUUCUGGUCUUCACAGAGCAGAAGGUCUUAGCCUGCUGAUUAGCCUGGGUCUUUCCUUCAGUCAGUGAAACUUACUCCAUGGAGCUUGGCUUUGGUUUUGUCUUCUGGCCCCCUUGCUUGAAGUAUCACUACUGUCAGCUCAAGGAAGUCUCUCUCUGCCUCUCAAUGCAAACUGGGACUUACUGAGCAAGAGAAUGUAUUUAUGACCUGACGGGACCAUGCCUCGUUUUUGAAAGGUUAGUUAAGGUGAAGGGCUGCAGCCUGUAUCCGGACUUUCCUCAGCUCCUGCUGUUUAGAAAUCCACAAACUCUUUUUGCGGUGGUACAGAUAACCUGUGUCUGGGAUCUGUUGUAUGUAUCUUCAUAUCCAAUAGAAAUGCACAUAAACUA